CGUCGUCGUCGUCUCCGUGCUCUCGUUUAAUCUUCUUUUCCUCGUCGCCGUCGUCGUCGCCUCCUGCUUGUUCAGGGAUCGGCCGCAUUUUCCGAGCUGCCGCCGCCGUCCACCUCCCGGCGCGGGGAUUACCCCGGCCGCGAAACGCCGGCCGCCGCCGCCGCACGCUCUCCGGUUCUCACGGAUGUCAGCUAACCUGCGCCGCGUGCGCAGCCCACGAGUGCAUUACCCCGCCUCCAUCCCUCCACCUCCGCCGACGUCGCACUCCAUAGACGACCCUGGCACGAGAGCCUCCGUUCACUCCGCGCUCCCUCUCCUCCACGAAGCCCUAGCUCCCCGAACCCAUCUCCGGCGCGGCCUGUCGCGCUCCUCUUGCUCGCCCGGCGGCGGCCCCGGCUUCGAUUUCCUGCGUCAGUUCUUGCCUCCUCAUUCGAGCUCGCGCGCUGAAAAUUUGAACUUCCUCAACUCGCACGAGAGGCGCAGGCUCGUUGUUGGGUUAUCCAGACUGAUCAAGCGAAGGCAAGGGUACGCCUUGAAGGGCUUCUUCGGUACGUUUUGCCCCUUUUUCCUGGCGAAGGUACUGAAGGAUUUGCAGUCCCGCCACACCGCUUUUGCAUUCUUCAAGCUCGUGUUCCUGGGGGAUUCCGAGGAGGAAGUCCGGUCGUGUUGCGUGGCCGCCCAUAUCUUGGCGGCCGAGGAUCUCCGCCUCCUCGCGCAGGAUGUUACUUCGUGGGUGAUCAGUAGAAUCGGGUCGGGUAGGAGUAGGGAAUUGGUAGAGUUUAUGUGGGAGAAGCACCGCCUUUACGAAAGUGAUUUCUCUGUUCUCGAUACGAUUAUGCGGGCGUUUCUGAAUGUGGGGAUGAGUGGGGAGGCGGUGGGGAUUGUGGGUAGGAUGAGGGAAGUGAACCUGGUGCCUAGCGAAUCUGCAAUGGUUAUUCUUUUGAAGUCUUUGCUUAGAGUAGGCGAUUUCAGUAAUGUAUGGAAGGCGUUUAGAGACAUGAUUUCUAAGGGACCUUUUCCUUCAGAAAAAUCUGUAAAUGUUGUGCUUCUUGGGUUUUGUAGGAAAGGUUGUGUUAGAAUAGCUGAGAAUUUGUUCCAUGUGAUGGGAAAAUUCGGUUUCGAACCUGAUGUUUACUCUUACAACAUUCUGAUUGGCGCAUAUUGCGCUGGCGGGAGGGCAUUGGUAGCAAUAAACUGGGUGUAUCUCAUGAUUGAGAGAGGUUGCAGACCUAGCAAUGUUACGUUUAAUACUGUAAUCAGUGCCUUAUGUAAAGAUGGCAAUGUGGCAAGAGCAAGACAAUUUUUUGACAGUGUCCCCGAGAUGGGUCUUUCCGGAAAUACUUUCAUGUAUAACUCUCUUAUGGACGGGUAUGUUAAAGCAGGGGACAUUCUUCAGGCAAAUAUGCUCUACGAUGAAAUGUGGAGCAAUGGUAUACCUCCUGAUUGUGUCACCUUUAAUAUUCUGGUUGGUGGUAAUUACAAGUACGGAAGGGAAGAGGAUUGUGAUAGACUGUUCAAGGAUAUGCUUGCGUCUAACUUGCUUCCCAAGGGUUCCCUCUAUGAUAUAACAAUUGCAGGUUUGUGCUGGGCUGGUCAAAUAGAUGAGGCUGUGGAACUUCUGAAGGAUAUACUAGAGAAAGGAGAACCUGUAGACUUGACUGCAUUUAACACAAUUAUUGCUGCUUAUGGUAGGCUUGGGAUGCCCGAUAAAGCCUAUGAGAUUUAUCAGUUAAUGAUGAGAUUUGGUCUGUCACCUUCUUCAUCCACAUCCAGCUCUCUUCUUUUGGGUUUGUCAAAGAAAGGAAGGUUGCAAGAAGCCAGAAGUCUUUUGUAUGAUAUGACGGAAAGGGGUUUCCCAGUCAACAAAGUGGGCUUUACAGUUCUCUUGGAUGGAUAUUUAAAAGUAAGGGACAUAAAUCAGGCUCAGAGUUUGUGGGAUGAGAUGAAACUCAGGGGUAUAUCUCCUGAUGUCAUUGCCUUCUCAGCCUACAUCGAUGGACUAUCAAAAGCAGGUUUUGUGGAGGAGGCUUACGAAAUUUUUCAGGAAAUGCUAAGGAGAGAAUUAGUUCCAAACAGUUAUAUCUACAGCACUUUGAUUAGUGGUUUUUGUGACUCUGGGAAGCUAAAUGAAGCAGUGAGGUUGGAGAGAGAAAUGAGGCAAAAAGGUCUGCUUCCAGAUGUCUUUACUUCCAAUGUUAUUAUUGAUGGUUUCUGCAAACAUGGAAAACUGAAGUCUGCCAUGGAUGCAUAUUUGGACAUGCAUCGAAUUGGGUUAACCCCUGAUAUAGUCACAUAUAACACUUUGAUUAAUGGGUAUUGCAAAGCAUUUGACAUGACUGGUGCUGAUAAAUUCAUGAAUGAGAUCUAUGCCAGUGGGUGGAGCCCAGAUAUUACAACAUUCAAUAUAAGAAUCCAUGGUUUUUGCUGUAGCAGGAAAAUGAGUAGAGCCGUGAUGACACUUGAUGAGCUUGCUGCUGCAGGUGUUGCUCCAAAUAUAGUCACAUAUAACACAAUGAUGAAUGCCAUCUGCAGGGACAUACUAGAUCGUGCAUUAAUUGUUACUGCUAAACUGAUUAAGAUGGCUUUCAUUCCAAAUGUAGUUACGGUAAAUAUAUUGCUGUCACAAUUUUUUAAGCAGGGAAUGCCAGAGAGAACCUUAUGGUGGGGUCAGAAAUUGAGUGAAAUUUCAUUUGGCUUUGAUGAGGUUUCACAUAGAAUUAUUGAGAGAGCCUAUGAAAACAUACAGAAUAGUGCUGAGCUGUUCAGUGGUGCCUCUGAAAAGAGACUUUUUUUGGAUUCCUUGAUGUACAUUACUUACGACUAUAUGUAUAGAAAUAGACAGUACAUUGAACCAAGUCAUAGUGUGAUUAAAUGUAUGAGUAAUGGUGUCGGUGCACCAUGAAGGUCGAGAAUGUGAUCAGUACUUGGUUCAGCUGUGAAUGAUGCAGCCUCUCAUGCAAUGGUGGACAAACAUCUUCCCACUCUCAAAUUUAUUGAACAUGCUGUAUAUUAUUUGGCACGGAAGAUGAAGGACUACUACUAUGGGGCUGGAGAAAUAUCGUCAAGUUGAUCUCAUUCUGCCUCUACAGAUGAAGAUUUCACUGAUAAGGCUAACAGGUUUGGUCUUCCUAUUGCUUUAAGGUUGGGGAUUGGGAGGAAAGUUGACCGGCAGUUUUUGCUGGGACAUCUUGUGGCCAACUGCUAGUUAAGACUAAAUGGAAAAGUUCUGGCUGAGUGACAGUGCUGUCAGGUUUGUCUCUUGAAGAAGCCAUGAGUUCUUUCGGCAGAGUGAAAAUAUGGUGGUGAUUUUUACUUCUACCAAAAAAACUGUAUCAAUCAUAUGAUUUCAUCUAUUACACAUAAUUUUUGGGAGGAAAUCCCCUGAUGUAGUUAUUUUUAGCACCAUUUACUCAAUUGGAGAAAAACCUCUAGUAAUGGAGUCUCUGGAACGACUUAACUCUUGCUUUUAGUUUCUAAAUCUUUUGGCUCAUGCAUUUUGAUAUUUUUUUAUAUUGAACACCCAAAAAUCUCAAAUAUAUAGAUGUUGGCAUGUAGAUACAUAUAAUUUCUUUCAUAAUUUUUUAAAAUCUAAAAAAUAUAUUUUAAAUUUUGGUUUAAAAGCAAACAAGUUACCUUUUGCUUUGUUCAAUCUAAAACAAUUGCAUGCAUCUGUUAGAAACUACCAAAAUAUUGUAGAGAUCUCAUGAAAUGUAAAAUGCAAUCUUCCGGUGACAAUAAUCUGAAUUAAUAUAUUUAUUGAAAACCUUCCAGAAAACAAAAAUAUUCUGAAAACGCUUGCCUGAUUGGUAAACUUUAAUGCUCUACAGGUUGGAGAUUCAAUCUGCUACAUACUGAAAGAAAUUAAUUGCUCUAUAGAUUGGAGAUUCAAUCUGCUAUAUACUAAAAAUUUUAAGGAGACCUUCUGUGCUUGGAUGAUAGCUCUAAAUAAACAUGUUGCUGCUCUUGAUCAGCCUUUAUUUCUCUUUCCGAAUCGGAGUGGUAAUGUGGAGUCACAAGUGUCUGCUUGGGGAAAAAAAUUAACCUUGACCUCUGCCUUUGAGUUCUACCUAUGAAUACUUCGACUGAUCAGUUAAGAUAGCCUUCAUGCGGUUGCAUUGUGGAGGACAUGCUGCAUGACUCCUAUGAAGUCUCUGUCGGUCUUUGAUUUUGGAGAAAGAUGUUAUGCAUAAAGAAGAGGCUCUAGUCUCUCGCCAUUGAGUUCAAUUCAACAAGUUGUUUGCUCCAGUUUGAAGUCCACCUUUUCAGGAAUGCAGUUGCUUUAUCAUGACCAAGAAAAAUAUAGGGAUUAGCACAGCUUCAUUUCAUAAAGCACUAUAAACUAUUGGAAAGUGUGUGAAGGAAAAGUUGUGCUUGAAGGGAUAGCUAUUUUUUUUUCCCCAAUUAUCACGUGCACCCACAACUUAAGUGCAUGUUCCUUAUUUGAGCUUUUGCGGUGCAUUAUGUUCAUCUGACAAACGAAACGGAUACUCUGGAAAUGAUAUGUUAAUGAUGUUGAAGUUCCUUUUGCUGUUUUGG